CUCCCUGUUACGGUUUACAUUGAAAAGGCAGUGAAAAAAUGGUCACUGUCUUCAUCAAACAUUAACUUUUUAUUGGUGAAGUGAAUGUACAUUUGCACAAAAAGUGUAUUCUCCAUAUAGUUGAUACAGUAACUCAAACUCCCAGUAAUUCGAACAUUCUCCUAGAAUGAAUUACUGUUUUCACUUAAAGUGGAAACGGUGACACUGCGUGAGUCAUACGUAGAAACUAUUUACAUUUGAGGUGAUAAAGUACUCAUACCUAGAAUUUUGUAAGAGAGUAUUUCUAGGAGUCAAGGUUAAAAAUGAUGUUGAAAGUCGAGGGCAGAGGUUUUGGUUUGGCCUGGAUUUCAUCAUUUCAUCACUUUUUCUGUUUUAAAGGUCAUUUUGUGCAGUUGGGGUUAUAAUUUAAAUGCCAUUUCUGUUAGUAGUUCUUUGACUUAUUUUGUAUGAUUUAAAUGUCCAAGGUUAAAAAUACUGUUAAAAAAACUACCUGACUAAUAGUAAAUAAUGUCAAAGUGUAGAAGUGUCAUUCCUCCUGUUAGGACAAUAUGAACACAUGCUAAGCAUUGCAUUUGUUCUCCAGCUUCACUAUUAGUCAUUUUCAGAUAAAUUUGGUGAAUUGGAAAUCCCUCAGCGACUUUGGCACAAACAGAUGAAAGUGUUGUUAAACCAUUGACAAAGCAGCAUAACGGUGUCACGCCUUAAUAAAACAGGGUCAAAGUCCUGACUUAUACAGUCCUUACAAUACACUAAAGUGUCACUGAGUCACUGCUGGGUACACCUUGAACAUUCCUACUCUCAAAGAGACAUUUUUAUACAUUCAAAAAUCUGGAGACGAAAUGGCGCACAAAGACAACCAGCUCGACCAAGAAAGAUUCUUCUGUUCAAUCUGCCUGGAUUUACUAAAGGUUCCAGUGGCCCUUCUUUGCGGACACAGCUAUUGCAUGGACUGCAUUAAAAGCCACUGGGAUACAGAGGACGGGAAGAAAAUCUAUAGCUGCCCUCAGUGUAGGGAGACCUUUUAUCAACGGCCUCUCCUGAGGAAAAACACCAUGUUAGCAGAUUUAGUGGAGGAGCUGAAAAAGACAAAGCUUGAAGCCUCAGGUGCUGAUCACUGCUACGCUGGACCUGAAGAUGUGGCCUGUGAUGUCUGCACUGGAAGGAAACAGGAAACCUCUUACUGUGGGAAACAUCUUCAGCCUCAUUUGAAUUCACCUUCAUCCAAAAAGGACAAGAUGGUGGACCCCUCCAAACAUCUCCAGGAGAACAUCUGCCCCAAUCAUGGAGAAAAGAUGAUGGUGUUCUGCCGCACUGAUCAGCAGUGUAUCUGUCAUAUCUGUAUUUUGGAUCAACAUAAAGGCCAUGCAACAGUCUCAGCUGCAACAGAGAGGACCCAGAAGCAGCAAAAGCUUGAGUUGAGUCAACAUCAUAUCCAGUGCAGAAUCUUGGAUAAGGAGAACAAUGCUACUUUGCUUGAUCGGGAGGUAAAAGCUGUUGAUGACGCUGCUAACAGAGCAGUAAAGGACAGUGAAAAGAUUUUCACUGAGCUUGUUUCUGCCCUGAAGAAGGGGUGUUGUGAUGUGGCGCAACAGAUCGAAUCUCAGCAGAAAAGUGAGGUGAGUCGAGUCAGGGAGCUACAGGAGCAGCUGCAAAAGGAAAUUGAUGAGCUUAAGAGAAAAGAUGACCAACUGAAGCAGCUCUCACACACACAGAGUGACAACCAGUUUCUACUCGCCUGCCAAUCACUGUCAAUCGAUUGCAGUCAAUCUACGAACUCACCCACCUUCAAGGCCGGGCCUCUGAGCUACUUUGAUGACGUGACAUCGGCUGUGUCCCAGGUCAGAUGGAAAGUUCUCAACGUUCUUUCCGAGGCAGAUGCAGACAUCUCAACAGCACUGGCACAAGUGGAUGUUUUGCUGCCACAACCAGAGCCGAACAACAGAGCUGACUUCCUAAAGUAUUCAACCAAAAUCACAAUGGAUCCCAACACAGCACACUCAAACUUGUUAUUAACUGAUGACAACAGAAAAGUAACAGUCGUGGCAGAAACACAACCGUAUUCUUUUCACCCGGACAGAUUCACUGGCUGGUGUCAGGUUCUGAGUGGAGAGAAGCUGACCGGACGCUGUUACUGGGAGCUGGAGUGGAGAGGAGUAGUUCGUAUAGCAGUGUCAUACAGGAGCAUCGAAGGGGAAGGAAACGCACCUGAAUGUCCGUUUGGAGCAAAUAAAGAAUCAUGGGCCUUGGGUUGUGACUCAACGUACAGCUUUUACUACAACAGUACAGUACCAGAGUGUUUGGUUCCUGUGUCCUCCUCCAGAGUGGGAGUGUACCUGGAUCACAAAGCAGGUGUUCUGUCCUUUUUCAGCAUUACUGACACCAUGACUCUCAUACGCAGAGUGCAGACAAAAUUCACUCAACCUCUCUAUGCAGGAGUUGGGUUUUAUUUUUCUUAUGGAGAAACAGUUGAAUUCUGUGAACUUAAUUAGACUGGAAUUAUACAGAGCCAAUAUUUUUAUGUAUCCAUUGUUGUGAUCAUCGUUACGAUUUGUAAAAAAAACAAAACAAUGCUGAGUACUAAGAUAAUUUCCUGAUAAACAUAUGUAAAUCAGAUUAGAGGACAUGACAUUAAGGUGUCUUAAUCAUGAUGACAAUGUAAAACUGAUGUUACCCUUGAAUUUAAAAAAAUAGUGUUUGUUAUAUUUGGUAUAUAUUUUUACAUGAGAAAAUAUUGCAUAUUCUGUUAUUAAGAUGUUGUUGCCCCGAGUUACUCACUAGAUCUGAUGGU